CACACGAUCAGUGCCCUACGAUACUCUGAUCGAUAAAUACGAUUCGGGUGAUAACUCGAAACUCGAAGGCUGGCGGCGUGGCUGAUUGCUCUCCCCCAUUUUUGACAGUGCAUCGAGAUUAUUGCACUUUCUCGUGAAAAUGACGGCUCACGAUCAAAUGCGAGCUAUGCUUGAUCAAUUAAUGGGCACAGGAAGGAAUGGUGAAAAUAACAAAUUUCAAGUGAAGUACUCCGAUCCAAAGGUGUGCAAGAGUUUUUUGUUGGCGUGCUGUCCACAUGAAAUCUUAUCGUCGACGCGCAUGGACCUGGGAGAAUGCCCCCAGAUUCACGACUUGGCCCUACGGGCAGACUAUGAGGCCGCGCAAAAGAAGAAGGACCAUUUUUAUGACAUCGAUGCCAUGGAACACCUACAGAAUUUUAUUGCUGACUGUGAUCGUCGCACAGAGCAGGCAAAACAACGAUUAGCAGAAACUCAAGAAGAACUUAGUGCUGAGGUAGCAGCGAAAGCAAACAACGUUCACGUUCUCGCAGAAGAAAUUGGUAAAAAAUUGGCCAAGGCUGAGCAGCUCGGAGAAGAAGGUUUCGUGGAGGAGUCCAUGAAGCUCAUGGGUGAGAUAGACGAGUUACGAAAAAAGAAGAAUGAGGCUGAGCAAGAAUACCGCAAUAGCAUGCCAGCAUCCAGUUACCAACAACAAAAAUUGAGGGUAUGCGAGGUGUGCAGCGCAUAUCUCGGAAUUCAUGAUAAUGACAGGCGACUUGCUGAUCAUUUUGGUGGGAAACUUCAUUUGGGUUUCAUCAAGAUUCGUGAAAAAUUGGCCGAACUACAGAAGACUGUGGAAGAAAGACGUAAAGAGAAACGCGAGUCGUUGUUAGAUAGACGAAGAGACAGGGACAGAGAUGACCGUGACAGAGACCGCGAUAGAUCGGAUCGACGUGGAGGAUUGGGUUACAGAGAAAAGGAUCGCGACCGCGAUCGCGAACAUCUAAACGUUCACGCAGUAGUAGCCGUAGCCGUCGAUCUCGGUCUCGCCGUAGUGGAUCUAAUGAUCGAAAAAGAUAAAAUCAGUUGA